GCCCGGUGCCUGUAUCUGAGCAGGCAGACGGAGGAAAGCUGAAUCCCACCAAGACCUCAACCACCUCCACUACCUCCACCAAAACCAAGACCAUCUCCGCAACCACUUCCUCCAGCAUCAGCAGAGCCGCUGAGAGGGAUUGUAUUUGGCCCUGAGUGAAAGACACAGGAGAAAGAUGACGUUGGCAGCAUACAAGGAGAAGAUGAAAGAGCUCCCCCUAGUGUCUCUCUUCUGCUCCUGUCUCAAUCCCCAGACAACAGACAAGCCCACAUACAAGGCAGAAGAUGCGGUGGACCUGGGCUGGUGUGCCAUCAAGGACGUGGAGGUGAAGGAGCUGAACAAGCGGACUUCAGGACAGGCCUUCGAGGUCAUCCUCAAGCCUCCCUCGUUUGACGGCGUGCCAGAGCUCAACGCCUCCAUGCCCCAGCGCAGAGACCCCUCCCUGGAGGAGAUCCAGAAGAAACUGGAGGCCGCAGAGGAGAGGAGGAAGUGCCAAGAGGCGGAGCUGCUGAAGCACUUGGCAGAGAAGAGAGAGCACGAGCGGGAAGUCAUCCAGAAGGCCUUCGAGGAAAACAACAAUUUCAUCAAGAACGCCAAGGAGAAGCUGGAGCAGAAGAUGGAGGCCAACAAGGAGAACAGGGAAGCCCUUCUGGCGGCCAUGCUGGAACGACUGCAGGAGAAAGACAAACACGCAGAGGAAGUGAGGAAGAACAAGGAGCUGAAGGAGGAGGCGUGUCGGUAGAGGAGGAGAGACGGAAGGAGAGAGCAGAGGAGCGCUGGACUGUUCACUGGGAGUCGAGAAAAAUCAAAGUUCGAGAUUGUGAGAGGAAAAAAAAGAGAAAAACGAAACCAGAAAAAAAAUCUACAAAUGAGGAGUGUGAGGUGAUUCUGCUCUUAUCAACUCCUGUUGGGAAACUAAUCUUUUAAGUAUUUCAUGGGGUUCAGCAGGAAACAUUAUUAAAAAAGCAUUGAUGAAAAAGAAAAAAAGAUAGUUGGUUUGUUUAGUACCUGAGCAGGGGGCCAGUACUUCAGAGUGUGGAGAGAUGCUGGAACAGGUAUAGAUGUGCAGAAAGCUAUAACACUAUGGACUCAGUAUAACACCUCACUAGGUCUACGACUACCGUCCAAUACCAUAAGAGUGUACAUCACAGUGCUUAUUCCUCUGAUGUAUAACCACUAGCACACACACACAUACAUUCACACACAAAGACAUACACACAAACACACCGUUACACAGUACACAUAAAUUCUACUUGUGUUACAUACAAGUCAGGCUUCUCCAGAUACAACUAGCUUAUGCACAAUCACUCAUGCUCUGCAUUUUUUUAAGGGUUUAUCAGGAAUUUCAAUAAAUUAUUCAUGAAAAAUGAAUAAAUAAAAAUAAAGUUGUCCUUUCAGCCGGAGUACAAGAAAGAAUUGCUUGAAAUCAAUACACUCAUUCUGUCAUCAAUUUUGUCACAGCCUACUUUAUUAACAUUAGAUAAUCAUAAAAGAUUACAAAUACAUUUUGAUUCACUUUUAACUUACAGCACAAUAAUGCCCUCUGAUUUAGACAGACAUCACUUUUUUAAGCACACAAAUCAGAAGCACAUAGUCGUAGUAAAUACAUGCAUGAACAGUAGGUAAAAAAAAAAAGCUUUAGGGGAAAUAAGCUUAAGAAUUAGAUUCAGGGUCAACGCCUGAAGGAGAGGAUAAAAGGAAGGUGA